CAUCAAGCAAGCAAGCGAGCAAGAACGGAUCUCUUGAAGGACUAUAAUCAUCUUAGCGUUGAGCUCAUCAAAUCCAAGAAGAAAGUUCGACCGACGACUAGUUUUGACGCUCGAUAUUGGCCAUCGGCUGCGGCCGCAUGCGACGCAUCGGUCGCGUCUCUCAAUGCCGAGACCAAACUCGCCGUCCGAGAUUGGGUCGAUGCCGGGGAAGGACCUGCUACAUCAUGGUGGGCAACUACCGAAGCACGCCACAUCAUCGAGGAGAUAAAAGCUAGCACAUUGGAAAAGACGCUCUACACGAAACAAGCCGAGAGGGUCAAGCAAAGUGGUCCUAUUAGACGAGCAUUCCAAGCCAUGUUCUCGACAAGCCAACCUGGCAUUUGCGCUGACAAAGUUGGUAUGGGCGCACGCAAGAGAUUAGAACAGUCAAAGUUCAAAGAUGAUCUCAUUCGAUUUUACGAUGCCGCUACAAAAAAACCGAACAAACCAAAGGUCAUUAUGACCGUCCACGAUUCCGCUACUGGCCACGAAUUUCUCAAGUCAGAUAUUACUGCCGCACAUUUGUUUCCCUACAAGCUUAGUACUGAUAUCUUAGUUUCGCUAUUUAGCGAAGAUGUCAAGAGCAAGAUGACGGCACGAAAUGGUCUGCUGCUUCAUCCCCUUAUGGAGUCGGCUCUUGAUGACGGUGCUAUCGCUAUCGAUGCAGAAUCGCUCGAGACGGUUGUUGUUCCCGGGGGCCAGGGUAUAACCAUUCGGGAGCUAGACAGUCAGAGGCUGUCGUUCAAGAAUGAUAAUCGCCCAAGAGCAAGAUAUCUAUACUUCCUUUUCGUCGUUGCGCAGCUCAAGAUGGCAUGGAGAUACGAAUACCGCACUGAUCCCGCCAAGAAGCUGAAACUCCAGCUAGGAAAGGGGUUCUGGGCAACGCGAGGAAGAUAUCUCAACCGGGCGCUUCUCCUCGCUCUCGCCGAAGAAAUCAGCCAUGAUACAGCAUUCCCAGAGAACAUCCCGCCUCUGCCCGGAACCGAUCACGAUACCCAACCCCAAGAAGACGAAGAUGACGGCGAGGCUGGACUUGUUGCCAUUGCAAAGAUCAUUGCAGCUCAGAGACGAGGGGACGAAGAGGAAGAAGAGGAAGAAGAGGAAUAAACUGUCACUGUCACUGUCACAGUGGUGGCUCAGGCUCCACUAGCGCUCCGGCAGUGCCAGACAUCUAGAUACCCACCCCUGCACCAGUCGUGAAACUAGGGUGCCGCAGGUAUGCCG